AUGCAGAACUUUGGGGAGGGAAGGCGACUCCAUUUUGGCAGUCUGGAAGACAACCAAGCGCUGAUAUAUCAGCAGCAACAGCAAGGAGGUGCAGCUCAAUAUGGAGUUAGCUAUGAUCAACUACAGGCUGCAGCUGACUACGAAGAUGAGGACAUGGCCGAUGCUCACGACUCGACAUCUCGAGCAAAAGUAGAACAUAAGGCCAUCUUGGAUGAAUUCGAACGACGAAAGCUCGCUACUACUUUGGCCGUCCCAACUGAUGAUAGACGAGUCAGAGCAAAAUUACGCGAGCUCUUUGAGCCAAUGACGCUCUUUGGUGAAGGGCCUGCUGAAAGACGUGAUCGGUUACGAUAUGUUAUGUCUCUGCUUCCGCAAACUGAAGCUGAAGAAGAGUCUGCUGGCGAUUCGGAAACAGGAACGGAUUCUGACGAAGACGACGAGCCUGAAGACGACGAUCCUGAAAAGAAGGAGUUUGUAUAUCCUGGAUCUCAGUAUAUACUGGACACGAGAAGAGCAAUCGCUAGUUUCUCACUACCCAGAGCAGAGAAACGAGUCGCUGAACAGCUUGCCGAGCUGGAUAUCCCAAUACCGCAAAGGAAAAAGAUACGGCAUGAAUGGUACCUGCAUCUUAAGACAUACACCACCAUCAGCUCACAAUUCGGAGACGAUCGACCGAUAUCAGCAUGUGCGUUUGCACCAGACUCCAAAUCACUUGCUACCGCUUCAUUCAGUGGCCUCAUCAAGUUAUGGGACUUGCCAUCAUCCAAGCCGAUUGCUACGUAUCGAGGACAUACGGAACGUGUUGGAACUAUUGCCUUCCAUCCAGACAUGAAGACCAACAGGGAAUCGGAUCACGUUGCAUUUGCUUCUGGAGCUUCAGAUGGGACAAUAAGAUUGUGGGCUCUCAACAAGGACACACCAUUAGCUAGUUUUGAAGGUCAUCUGUUACGAGUCUCCAGAGUUGCAUUUCAUCCCUCUGGACGAUAUCUUGGUUCAGCGAGCUUUGAUCACAGUUGGAGGUUAUGGGAUGUUGAAACCCAAAAGGAAUUACUGUUUCAAGAAGGGCAUUAUCGGGACAUAUAUGGUCUUGUAUUUCAGAAUGAUGGGUCACUACUCGCGACUGGCGGAAGUGAUUCCCAUGGCCGAAUAUGGGAUUUACGAUCAGGUCGAUGCAUUCUCACCCUGUCUGGCCACGUACAAGGAAUAACGAGCAUGGACUGGUCCCAAAAUGGAUACACGAUUGCAUCGGGAUCAUUAGACAACACUGUCCGAAUAUGGGAUGUGAGGAAGGGAGAAUCUGUAUAUAUGAUUCCUGCGCACAAAAAUCUUGUAUCGACUGUCAAGUUCUUUUCUCCUUCGGAGGACUUUGAUUUUAAACCGCCUGGUAUUGCUGGAUUUGCUGGUGGAGGUGCUAGCAAUGGUGAAUCUAGUAAUGAUAUGGUAGUAGAUGGUGGUCCAUUGUCUGGGAUACAUAGUCCAGCUGUUAGGAGGAGACUGUUGAAUAGUAGUUUCUUGGUGACGUGCUCUUUUGAUGGGACAACCAAGUUAUGGACUGAUGGUGAUUGGAAACCAUUGAGAGCUUUGGCUGGUCAGGAGGCUAAAGUUAUGUGCUGUGAUAUCUCCAAAGAUGGACAGUAUAUUGCUACGUCAUCAUAUGACCGUACAUUCAAACUGUAUUCUCCUGAAGGGGUGAUGUAA